CGAGGACACGCCCCUUCCGGUCAGUUCGCUUCCGGUCGUCUCGCUGCUUCGGCUGCCGGUUCUAAACAUUUCGGGCGUCUCACUGGAGUGUUUUAGAACAGCGUUGGAGUUGCUGCGGGAAGCUACGGCGGCUAACCCGCGUCUGACGUGCUCCCUCUUCCACGUGUGUGUAGCUCACAGCCUUCUGGAGAUAUGCAGCAGCUGAUGAUUAAAGCAGAGGUUCCCCAUGAACAGAGCUCCAGUUUGGACCAGCAGGAUCCAGAGUCCAUCCCCAUAAAGGAGGAACAGGAGGAACUGUGGACCAGUCAGGACAGAGAGCAGUUAAUGGGCAAGAAGAGACUGAUAUCAACAGGUUUUAAUUCACUUCAUUCCUAUAAAAAGUGACAACAAUGAAGAUAAAAUCUUAGUCCUCACGGCUUCAUCAGAGCCAAAUUAAAGAAAGCAGAGAGGAAACGAACAGCUCAGCCAAACAGAUGACAACAGACACUGAUGGAGACGACUGUGGAGGACCAGAACCAGCCAGGAACCCAGAUUCAAAGACUCAUUUUCAACCAAAUACUGAUGGAAAGUCUUCAGAAACUGAAGACAGUGAAGAUGAAGAGGAGGAGCAGGAUGAGUGGCAGGAACCAUUGUCAGAUUCUGGACCUGAAACUGAAGACAGUGAUGAUGAUUGGAAGGAGACCAGAGCAGCUAAGUCUGGUGGAAAUAAUAAUGUGAGUUGUAACACCAAGAAAAAAUCUUUUAGCUGCUCUGAGUGUGAUAAACAGUUUACCAACAAGCAGUCGCUUUCUAAACACAAGGCAUGUCAUUCAGGGAAAAGCUCUUCCAACUGUUCAGCUGAUGAGAAAUGUUUUAGAGUGGAGCAAAGUGGGAACUCAAAGAAAAAGGGACGGGAAGUAAAUGGCUGUAAAGAAUGUGGUAAAACAUUUGCAUGUAGUUCUCAUUUUAAGGUGCACCUGGCAGCUCAUAGAGGAGAGAAACUAUUUGGCUGCGAUAUUUGUGGUGCCAGAUUUAGUCAGCAUCCAACUCUGAAGGCACACAUGAUAGACCACACAGGAGAAAGACCGUUUGACUGUGACGUUUGUGGUGAAAGGUUUUGCCAAAAAGCAACCCUAAAGACACGCAUGACCAUUCACACAGGAGAGAAACCAUUCGGUUGUGAUACAUGCGGUAGAAAAUUUAGACGUAAGCCUGAUCUUACUGCACACAUGAGAGGCCACACCGGCGAGAAACCAUUUGGUUGUGGUGAUUGUGGUGCCAGAUUUUCUCGACAGGGAUCUCUGAACAGACACAUGACAAUCCACUCAGGAGCAAAGCCAUUCCGUUGUGCUGAUUGUGGUAGAAGAUUUAACGAAAGUACACAUCUUAUGCGCCACAAGAGAGUUCACACCAGAAAUAAGAAAAUAGAGAGACCGUUUGUUUGUGGUGAAUGUGGUCAAAGUUUUAAGCAAAAGCCACAUCUUGACAGACACAUUAGAGUUCACACAGGAGAGAAACCAUUUCAAUGUGAUGACUGUGGGGAAAAAAUUUAGAUGGCCACAAACUCUACUGAGUCACAUGAAGACGAUACACAAAAUAGAAACCGCAUAGUUGCAGGGCUUGUAGCGAACGAUUAAAAGCUUAAAGAUUAAAAGCUUAAAAGCAGCAAAUAUUCAUACAAAGCCCACUGUAGUGACUCUACAACCUGCUCUACUCUACAUCGUCCCUGCUGUUUAAUUUACCUGCAGUAGUCUGGACCCAACAUGAACCCUGCUGCUGUCUCUGAAUAAAAUGGGUUUUAUCAUGUGCUUAGUGUAGUACUCCUGCUUGUGCUUAUGUGAAGUUUAAUGGUGUAUUUUUGGUUGUGGAUGAUGAGUAACUGCUGUGAUCAUAGCUAAUGGGGAUCCUAAUGAAUAAGAAAUACAUUUUUGGGGCGUCCGUAUAGCUCAACGUGUUGAGUGGGCGACCCAUGUACAGGGGCUGGUCCCUGAUGCAGCUGGCCUGGGUUCGAUUCCCACUAGCGGCCCUUUGCUGCAUGUCUUCCCCAGACUCUUCUCCCCUGUUUCCUGUCUCUCUCUCACUGCGCCUAUCCAAUAAAGCCGAAAAAAAGGCCAAAAAAAAAGAAAUACAUUUUUGUUAUUGGUUAAGGCUGUUUAAAAGUCUAUAAACUGUUCAUAUCGCACUGUUUGUUGUUGAGAAUGUAAGUGCAACCUAAAAAAAUAAAUCAGUUCUGUUACACCAAUCAAGAGAUCAGCCUCAUUAAACAUACUGCACUGUCAAUUAGAAAUUCUUCAUAAUGAUUACAGUCAAAAAAUUAGCAUAGCAAUAGCCCAGAUUCUGGAGUUCUGAAUGACAGA